AUGCCCAGCAUCCAAACUAGCCUCGGCGACGUGGUAUACACCACACAGGGAGACGGCCCGCCUGUUGUUCUCUUACACGCCACACUGCACGAUAGCCGAGACUUUGCCUCCAUCGUCGACAAGCUUGCUACGCGAUACAAAGUCUUGGCACUUGACUGGCCGUGGCAUGGCGAAUCAAAGGGGCUUCCCAGCCUGGACGGACUUACUGCAGAGGCACUAGCUGAUGUUCUUGAAGAGGUCAUGUCUCGACUACAGCUCGGGUCAGCUCUGUUUAUUGGAAACUCUGUUGGGGGUUUCGCAGCCGCACGCCUUGCAAUCCGCAAGCCAGAGCUUGUUCGCGGCUUAGUCCUUGUGAAUAACGGCGGCUUCUUGGAAUGGAGUGCAACAUCUCGCUUGUUUUGCAAGGCGCUGGGAACACCGGGUCUUGCGCGCUGGAUCCUGCCAGCCAUGGUGCCUCGGUACAUGGCAGCUGAAUCCGACCUCGACCAAGAGAUUUCUAAACGAGCAAUCGCUCGGGCCAAGACUGUCCAAGGUUCCCAAGUUGCGGCGUCCCUGUGGCGCAGUUUCCCUGCCAAAGGGCACGAUCUACGUGGCCAAGGAGACCAGAUCAAGGUGCCGACAUUGAUUAUUUGGGGGACAAGAGAUGGAACGCUUCCCGCCGGGUCGGAUGACUUGGCAAAGCAGAAUAUACCUGGUUCCAGACUAGAGAGGAUUGAAGCUGGCCAUGUGGUGUUUGCAUCCAAGCCUAACGAAUUUCUGGCUUUGGUCGAGCCUUUCUUUGCGUCCAUUCCGCUAUAG